GAAGAGGAAGGUGAUUGGCUGUGAUGAGUCCGUAUUUAAACUCAGGUGGACGUUGGAGCGCUACCGGCCCGUUACAAUUCAAGCGUGAAGUCCGCACAUACUGUUCACCACCACAGAAAAAUGCCACGUCGGACUUCCGCAGCCCAUGAUUCCUCUGCCAUUCGCAGGAAGGGCACAACCCCCAAACGUCGUCCCCCACAGCCGUCUCCAGGGCCCUCUGGUUCCAAAUCUCAGCCAAAAAAGACUUCUAAGUCUAAGUCUUCUAAGAAGAGAAGGUUUCGACCAGGGACCAAGGCCUUAAUGGAGAUCCGCAAUUACCAGAAGAGCACAGAUCUUUUGCUCAGGAGGGGACCCUUCGUUCGCUUGGUUCGUGAGGUGUGCCAGACUUUUUCCGGUACAGCUCUUCAAUGGCAGGUCUACGCUCUUCUGGCCCUGCAGGAGGCUGCAGAGGCAUUUCUGGUCCUGUUACUAUCAGAUGCCAACCUGUGUGCUAUCCACGCCAAACGGGUCACUUUGUUCCCCCGUGACAUUCAACUGGCCAGGAGGAUCCGCGGGUUUGAUAAAAUGUAAACACAAUAGAGAUCGGACCAGCAAGCACACUGACAUUCUUUCCAAGUUACCAUCAAUUACCAUGUUAACAUGUCUCCUGUGUAAUGUAUACAGCUUGGUUCUUUCACUUCUGCUAUGUUAGCUUGACCUCUGUUUUAUUUUUCAUAUAUUAAUGUGUAAAUAUUGUUCAGUUCAAGUGAAGAGUUUGUUAAUAAAGAGCAAGAUUUUUCU